UCCAAUUCUCAAAAAAUUUCCAUCAAUAUUAAAAUUUCCCGUCGGAUUACGAACAUCAAAUCCAAAAGAAAACAAACCCAUUUUUUCAAUCUUCCUUUUAAGAAUUGAAUUUAAUCAAAAUUUCCUAAUUUCUUUUUUGCUUCUCGUUGUACGCGUUUGCAAAAGCCGAAGCUUAAUAAGAGAGAACCCAUACAGUGUUUUUAGUCUCUCUCCCUCUCUCGCGCGCGCUCUGAGAGAAGAAGGUUCUGUUCAUGUUCCUCUUCUUGAUAGCAAACUAUUUCUCUCUGUCUUCAUUCUCUGUUCUUAUACAGAUUCUUUGUUUAUCUUCACUCCACAUUUUGUCUUCUUCAAUUCCCAGAAUUUGUCUCCACCUCUUGAAAUUAUGGUGGGUUUUGGCUCAUAAUGCUUCUGCGCUCAAGUUAGGGUUCGUCCCAAAUUUUGAUUUCGAUCUUCGAGCUGAUUGUGAGGAUAUCUCUUUGCUGCGGGUAUCACGCAUGACACAGGAGUGUAUCAGAUGGCUAUUGUAUUGUAGCAUGAGGAGAGUUUAUAAUUUCAAGUUAUUACAUGUUAAAACAAGGAACUAGUAUAACUCAUGCGGUUCCUUGUUUAUUGCAAUCGUUAGAAAGCUUUUGCCGAUAUUGCUGUCGGUUCGUUCGUCUCACGAUCUCGAACAAUAGUUAAAUUCAACGAAAUUCUUAUUUCAUGGGUAAUAAGCUCGGAAGGCGGAGACAAAUGGUUGAUGAGAAGUAUACAAGGCCUCAAGGGCUUUACAACCAUAAAGAAGUGGAUCAUAAGAAACUUAGGAAACUCAUACUUGAAUCAAAGCUCGCUCCAUGUUAUCCGGGAGAUGAAGAAUCCGCGUCUGAUCUUGAAGAAUGCCCCAUAUGCUUUCUGUAUUAUCCAAGUCUCAAUCGAUCGAGAUGUUGCAUGAAAAGCAUUUGUACAGAAUGUUUUCUACAGAUGAAAGUUCCGAAUUCCACCCGGCCUACACAGUGCCCCUUUUGCAAAACCUCGAAUUAUGCUGUGGAGUAUAGAGGUGUGAAAUCAAAAGAAGAGAAGAGCUUGGAGCAAAUUGAAGAACAGCGUGUUAUAGAAGCAAAGAUUAGAAUACGACAGCAGGAACUUCAGGAUGAUGAGGAAAGAAUGCAGAAAAGACUUGAAUUAAGUACCUCAAAUGCCGGUACUAAUGUCGAGGACGGUGAAGACAGCCCUGCAGCUGUUCCAUCUUCUCAAUCUCCUGCCGAAGAUGAGGAAACGGUUAGCUUGCAAGAUUCUUGUAUGACCCAAAUCAGAUCGCCACCGCCUCCUAUUCCUAUUAGAAGCAACAGAACUUUCAGGGAUGAUGAAUUUGACCUCGAUCUUGAGGACAUAAUGGUCAUGGAAGCAAUCUGGCUCUCGAUUCAGGAGAAAGGAAGGCAUAAAGAUCCAGUGUACGCUGAGGCUGCUUCUUCUGAUCAAUAUGCUGCAACAGAAGGUCGAUAUAUCUCUCCAGCCGCCAUUCCGUUAGCUGGAACAUCAUCGUCGUCCCCGUCUGGAGGUCUUGCUUGUGCCAUAGCUGCUCUUGCAGAGCAGCAGCAGAUGGGUAGAGGACCGUCACCCACUUGCACGAAUGGAGAUUCACCCGUCUUCAACAUGCUUCCUGGAGCCACGGAAUUCUACAGCAGGAUGAACGCCAAUGAAGAAAACUAUCCACCCGCGCAAGUCUCGAUCAACUCAGAAAGUUAUGCACCUGCACAAGUUUCAAUCGACACGGUACCAGACUGUAGGAUGAUGUUAACAAGAAAUGAGGGAGAGUGGAAUCUUGAUCAUCAAUCAGAAGAAGCUGAAGCUGGGACGAGCUACCCGACAUCGGAUUCAACCAAAGACAAUGGUACUGAACCGACAGCCAAUGCUAUGGAUGGUGGAAACCAAGCGACAAUGCCGAUCAUUCCUCAGAAUUUUGAAGAGCAGAUGAUGCUCGCCAUGGCUGUUUCUCUAGCAGAGGCUCGAGAAGUGUGUACUGGACCAGGUCAUUCCUGGCAGCAGUGACUCUGAUCAUAUCUAAACUCGAACAUUCGGAUGUAGCCAAUAUAAACAUAGCUGAGCUACAAGCUAGAGAAUGCACACAAGGAGUGGCAUGAUGUUUGGUCAAAAGUGAAGGUAGCAACUCCUCUCCGCUCGGCCCCUCGCGUGAAAAACGAAAAAAAAAAAAAAAAGGAAUCAAAUUCUUUUAGUGAGUUAAAAAUUUGGUGGUUCAUUCAAGUUCAUGCUUGGAAAUAUUUCCUAUUUUUUUUUUUUUCAAUGAUUGAAAUCUUGUUUCAGUUUAUAAUGUUGUAUGGUCUCUAUAUGUAAAGUAUGUCUCCCAGAUCCAUUCACGUUAUGACAAUCCUUGCCUAUCAAAUGCUUCUUCUUAUU